AUGGCAUCUCAAUCCUGGGACACAGCAAACGAUAUAGACUGGGCAGCCGAUCCAGCUGAAAAUGAUUGGUUGUCCAUCCUUAGCGGCGAUGCCGACAAGAUCUAUAGCGAGGACAUCUGCAAAGCCAUUCUACGAGGCGAGAAGCUACCAACCAACAACCUCAGCCGCAUAUCCCAUGUGACCGGCCUCUGCGUGCUGCGUGGCAUCCGGCAUCACCAUGGCUUCGCUGUUGAGUUACUACCAAGAUCAGCCGAGCAGGACCCUGCGUUCGCCCGGGCACUGCACGCCCGCGCCAUAAUGAGCAAUGAGAUACCAGAUAUUUCAGCGGCCGAGGAGUUCCCUUACUGGAUCUGGUACCCCGAUACCGCAAGUGAGGACACGUACCGGCAGCUCGCAAGGCGCUACCCACAGAUGUGCUACCAGGUCGGGCGUGCCUGUGCCGUUGCUGGCUACAAGGACCUCUACUCAGAGCUUGAUCUCCUCCCUGACGUCGCUAUAGCUGAGGAGGCUCGAGAUAGCUUCACGCGAAGCCGAAGUCACGGAGGUGACGAGGGCCGUAGCAACGACGGAAGCCAAGAUAUUUUCCACAAGAUCGUCCGCCACCCUGUGCGUUGGCAGGUGAUGGACGACUACGUGGGAAAGGUGGACCUGGACUGCCCGAGGCCUGCAAGGUAUGGCCUCAACGGAGAUACAGCAGUCUUUUCCACUUUGGAGCUGAGGCGCGACUUUCGGCGCCUGCUUCCACUAUCACGGUUUAACAGCGACAAGACGCGUCUUGACCAUCCUUAUGUGAUCGAUGAGGAACUCGCGCCGUGCUACUUCAAUAUCACCGAAGAUUGGAAUGUCGAUGAGCACGCAUCUGCGUUUGGCGACGCACAGGGUUCUGAUUGUCUAACGAGCGAGGAGAUGACAGAGCUUCUGUGGAGCCCUUUACCCGUAGACCUUCCCUGGGGCAACAAAGACCUGCUGAUCCUUAUGGCCGCGUACUACGGCAACGUCGACAGGUACGCACGCCUGCGGCGGCCAUUUCGUGUUUCCAGGGCCGAGGCUUACUGCGUCAUCCGCGGCAUCUAUCACAAUACCAUGUUUGCCAAGUGGUGUUCCCUCCAGUCUGAUGCCGGUCAGCACGCCAGCGCGAUCAACGCCCGUUUCAUUAUGACCAACGACUUAUCACGCAUCACAGACGACACUCCCGAUGCAGAUCUUCCGCGGCAGAUCUGGUAUCCUCUGCGAGCCUGCGCCGAGACAUACGUGGAAUUGGCGCGGCGCAAGCCGGCAGCGCGAGCCGCCGUCGCCCGGGCGCUCAUCGUGGCGGACUACCAGGAGGCCUGGGACAGCGUCGCCGAUAUCGAGCCCUACAACGAACUGAUGGUGGAAGCGAAAGCCAGCGCUAAUCCGCAUUACCUGGCAUCCUUGAGGAGAAUAUGUGCGGAACGCGGACAGGACCCCGAUGCCCUUGAGUGCAAGUACCCGGAGGAUCUGGGCGUGCCUAUCGACAGGCUUGUCGAGCGCACAACCACUAAUCUGGUCGAGUCACUUCGCGUCGAGUCUAUACCAUGGGACGGUGCCGGUCCUGGAAUCUACGACGGGCUUGGAGUAGACGUGUCAGAGGUCGAGCUUUUCGCGGCUGCACCAAGAGAGCUUCGACCUUCCGAGGGCUCCGGCUCAAUUGACCUGGUACAGUUCUAUCACCGGGGGGGCUAUGACCAGUCAGCCGCAAGUGACUCUUCAGGAGCGUCUUGGAGACGGGGACAAAGUUCACGCCGUGGAGGAAGGGGAAGGGGCAGAGGCAUGGCGUAG